AUGACGACAACAGAAACACCGGCGCCGACAAAAGCUCCUGUGGCAGGAUCCGCAACAGGGGAUUACUACUUUGAUUCCUACAGUCAUUAUGGUAUUCAUAUGGAAAUGUUGAAGGAUUAUCACCGCACGACUUCCUACCGUGAUGCCAUUUGGCGCAAUGCAUAUCUUUUUAAGGGAAAGGUGGUGCUGGAUGUUGGUUGCGGCACGGGUAUUCUCUCCAUGUUUGCUGCAAAGGCAGGCGCCAGGAAAGUGAUUGGUGUUGACUGCAGCAGCGUAACAGUACAGGCGCGGCAGAUUGUAAAGGAUAAUGGAUUUGAAGAUGUUAUCACCAUUAUUCAAGGAAAGAUGGAGGAUUUACAACUUGACGAGAAGGUUGAUAUCAUCAUUAGUGAGUGGAUGGGGUACUUUUUGUUGUACGAAUCAAUGUUAAACACGGUUCUUUACGCGCGUGAUCGAUGGGGCACACCCGACGUGAAACUCUUUCCGGACCGUGCGAACAUGUACGCUUGUGGCAUUAGCGACCAGCAGUACAAAGAAGAGCGGUUUGACGUCUGGGACGAUGUGCAAGGCUUUGACUUUUCCUACUUCAAGCGGCUGAGCUACAUUGAACCGCUCAUAGACACAGUGGACCGCAAUCAAAUCCUAACCAACAUGUCUAAUUUUUUCUCAUUUAAUAUUAAUACCGUGCAGGAGGCGGAACUUGCGUUUACAACUGAGUUUGAACUUAUCGCAGAACGAUCAGGGUGUGUGGAUGCGAUCAGCGUGCACUUUGACACCCCAUUCGCUGCCGGCCAUGAGGUGGUUGUGCUCACGACGACGCCGCUGGAGGCCCCGACGCACUGGCGACAGACGGUGCUCUAUCUUUUUAAUUCAAUACACAUGAAUAAAGGUGAAAAGGCAAAGUUUCGUAUGAGCUGCUGCCCGAAUAAAGGCAACCCGCGCGAUCUUGACAUUGCGCUGCACGUUGAUUUUGACGGAAAGCUGCAGUCAAGUCACUACGAUCAAGACUUCCGACUGCGGUGA